AUGGGGGAAAGCCAAACUCAGACAUUACAAAUUAAGGCUUUGCUGAAAGCUUGGACUGAUGCAUGUGCAUCACCGAAGGAGAGUAAAGUUCUUGUUCCAAGAGGCACCUACGGAUUAAAGGAGCAAUUUUCAGAGGUCAUUGCAAGGCUCCUAUUGAACUUCAGGCUCACCUUGUCAGGUGGUGGAACUUUUGAUGGCCGCGGAGCACUCUCUUGGAAACAGAACGACUGUAACGAAAACAAAAACUGCAAAUCUCGGGUCGUGAACAUAAGGUUCGACUUCGUCAACGAUACAAUAAUUAAGGACAUAACUUCACUAGACAGCAAGAACUUUCACCUCAACGUUUGCCACAAUAUUACUUUCCAACAUGCAACCAUCACAGCACCCGGAGAGAGUGUUAAAACAGACGGUAUCCACAUUGCACGUUCAACGAUGUUCACUGUCGCUAACACCAGCAUCGGAACCGGAGACGAUUGUAUUUACAUCGGUGAUGGGACUUCACAACUUAAAUUUACCAAUGUGACUUGA